GUUCCUACAAGAUUUUUUUAAAAAAUUCGAAACCGCUCUCUCUUUCGUGAAGAUAUUUUCAGUUCAAUUGUUCAUCAAUCUGUAAGUAAUCUUUCCCCUGUAAAUUCGUGUAAGAAUAGGUUGGAUACUCUGUUCUUUCGAUUUUUCAGAACUAACAGAGUUGAAUAUUAGCGCUCUAAUCCCUAAUUUUCCCUCCAUUUUAGCUGAUUAUUAUAAGCUAAUCUAAGGAAAUUAGUUGUCUAUAAGGAUUUUAGAAGCCUGAAACAUGCAUACUUCUAGUUCUCUGGGAAUUUCUACCAUGAAACCUUGUAGGAUUCUUUUUAGCUUCAAAUCCUCCUCGAUGUUUGGAACAACCUCAUUGGCCAAGGCAAAGUAUAGGAGGAUCGGUAGAUUUUCGAAAUUAGAGCCGAGUGGGCGUAAAAUAAUAGGAUCUGUACAGGUUGUUGGUGAUUUGAAUAGGAGAUGCUUUAGUUGUUCUAAUUUACAUCGGUUGUAUAAAGGUAACAGUGGUAGAAAUAGGUGUUUGAUUGCAAAUGUAGCUUCGGAUUUUAGAAAUCAAUCGACAUCUGCUGAGCCUCAUGUGAAACAGAAGAGCUUUGAGAGAAUUUAUAUUCAAGGAGGGUUUAAGGUUAAGCCAUUGGUGAUAGAGAGUAUUGAGACGGAUCUUGUGAAAGAUGAAAAAAAGGUGUCUGAGGUUGAGGAACUGAGUGGUUUGAAGGGCUCUAGGGUUGAGAGAGAGGUGUCCAAAAUUGAAAAGGAGGCAUGGAACUUGCUUCGAGACUCUGUUGUGAACUAUUGUGGACAUCCUGUUGGAACUGUUGCUGCUAAUGAUCCAUCUGAUACUCAGCCACUGAAUUACGACCAGGUUUUUGUUCGUGAUUUUGUACCGUCGGCCUUGGCCUUCUUGUUAAAUGGAGAAGAGGAGAUUGUCAAGAAUUUUCUCCUUCACACCUUGCAAUUACAGAGUUGGGAGAAAACCGUUGACUGUUACAGCCCUGGGCAAGGGUUAAUGCCAGCAAGUUUCAAAGUUAGAAGCCAACCUCUCGAUGGAAGCGAUGGAGCUUUCGAGGAAGUUCUUGAUCCUGAUUUUGGUGAAUCUGCCAUUGGUCGUGUUGCACCAGUUGAUUCUGGGUUGUGGUGGAUUAUUUUAUUAAGAGCUUAUGGAAAGAUUACGGGAGACUACACAUUGCAGGAACGUAUCGAUGUACAGACAGGCAUAAGACUGAUCCUUAAUCUCUGCUUGACGAAUGGGUUCGAUAUGUUUCCUACUCUGUUAGUCGGUGAUGGCUCGUGCAUGAUUGAUAGACGAAUGGGCAUUCAUGGACACCCACUUGAAAUUCAAGCAUUGUUUUAUUCGGCCUUACGCUGCUCAAGAGAGAUGCUGAUUGUCAACGACUCGACGAAGAAUUUGGUCGCUGCCCUGAACAAUAGGCUGAGUGCACUCUCCUUCCACAUCCGGGAAUAUUUCUGGGUCGAUAAGAACAAACUCAACGAAAUUUAUCGAUACAGAACCGAGGAAUAUUCUACCGAUGCAGUGAACAAGUUCAAUAUAUAUCCCGAACAAAUUCCCGGUUGGCUGGUGGACUGGAUUCCUGAGGAGGGUGGCUACCUGAUUGGCAAUCUACAGCCUGCUCACAUGGACUUCAGGUUUUUUACGCUCGGAAAUCUUUGGUCCAUUGUUUCAUCACUCGGGACUCCACAACAGAACGAGGGCAUUCUGAACUUGAUUGAAGCCAAAUGGGAUGACCUUGUGGCUAACAUGCCUCUCAAGAUAUGCUUCCCAGCCAUGGAACACGAGGAAUGGCGCAUAAUAACUGGAAGCGACCCGAAGAACACUCCUUGGUCAUAUCAUAAUGGAGGAUCUUGGCCAACUCUCUUGUGGCAGUUCACACUGGCCUGCAUGAAGAUGGGGCGGCCAGAGCUAGCAAGGAAAGCCAUUGCAGUGGCUGAGAAGAAGCUUUCAGCUGAUCGUUGGCCCGAGUACUACGACAUGCGCAGUGCAAGCUUAAUAGGGAAGCAAUCACGACUCUUCCAAACAUGGACGAUUGCUGGUUUCUUGACAUCAAAGUUGCUUCUGGAUAACCCAGAGAAGGCGUCUCUAUUGUUCUGGGAGGAGGAUUACGAGCUUCUUCAAGGCUGCGUUUGUGUACUCGGCAAAGCCAAUGGAAACAAGUGCUCUCGCCAUCGUCAUCGCCAGCAUCGAAAACCGAAUAAUCUCAACCAUUAGCCUAACAACUAUCUGUAACAGAUGAAGUUGUUCGGAGGUGCAUUUUUCACCCCUCCGGUGAUUCUCUGUAUGAAAAAAAAUGCAAUUUGAGGCUCAGUUUUUGAAGAGUCUGUAUUGUUGUAUUCAUUGGGAGUUAAACGUAUGAUUCUGAAUAUCCUUUGGAGUUGAUUACUUUUAGGAUAAAUUUGAGGUUACUAUUUAUUGAUCGGUA